AUGGUGAAGCUCGUUUCAGGAAAGGUCUUUAUGAACAGAAGGCUUCUAGUCCUGAGAAACGGCGUCUGUUGUUAUAUUCUCUUGCGGACUCGACAUCUAGUAUGGACUGAUCGUGGAAGAAACUACAAACAUGGAAGAAAAGAACAAGAGGAACAGAGAAGACAAAUACGAAGCUGGCAGUGUGUCGAACAGCCGAGCAAGGAGUAG